AUGGAAGCGGUGAACAUGAAACUCUACCUCGAGAACCGGUGCAUCAUGGAGGAGAACGAGAGGCUGCGAGAGAAAGCUUCCGUCCUUCGCCGCGAGAACCAAAUCCUUCUCUCGCAGCUCCAACAUACGUGCCGCUUCAAUAGCGAGAAGACCUCCCCCGGCGGCGGCCGCGCCGAUGAAUAUCCGGCCAUCCCCCGCCCUCGCUGCCGCCGCCAGCGCGGCCGGUCCGACGAUCCCUGA